GGCAGGGUGAAGGUGAAUGGAAAGGUGGUUCCUCCCAGCUGGAGGUUGAAUGGAGGAGACGUGCUGACUUUAGAUGACAAGUACGACCUGUCGCGUGCAUCUCCGACGCGUGUGCGAAGUUACAACAAACCGAUGGGAGUUACAUCAACCAUGGACAAGAAUGACCGUCGGUCUCUUGCAAACACUCUUGUCCCCGCGAUGCUCAAAGUCUUGGGAGUUGCUCCUAGACCUAACGGGAUAUCAUACAGACUUGACGCUGACUCGUCUGGCUUGCUGCUGCUAACAGACAACGGGAGGCUCGCAGACUCCAUGCUGCAGCCAAGCAAGGGAAAGGAGAAGGAGUACGUCGUGAUGGUAUCUCCAAGGAUCAACGAGAACCAUCUCAAGCAGCUCGCUGCGGGUGUCAACAUAACUACGUUCCAGCAAAGAGACCCGGGAGUGAAGAACUCCAACAAGACAAGGCCGUGCGUCGUCGAACGAGCCAACGAGGAAGACGUGAAGCGAUUCGUUCACUUCAAGGAGGGGAGAAACCGGCAGAUCAGGAAGAUGUGCGAGGCCCUGGGCUAUGAGGUCAGCAGGGCCCUGAGAUCACCACUGAUUCCAGCACAGAUCGAGCUGGGGAAGCUAGCGGUCGGCGAGUAUAGGAGCUUGAGCGACGACGAACAGGCUCGGCUUCUUCCAACCACCAGAGGUAACGCAUGA